CUAAAUGAAUGGAUAAAUAAUAAUAAUAAUAUAAAUUCAGGACAUUAACAUGAACAACAACAACUACUUCACAAUUGAGCGAGUCACCGAAUUCAAUUCUCGCUCACGAAAUACUUUUGGCCAAAUUUGCCAUAUUCGAUUCAACCCGCUUGAAGAUCAUCAGAGACCCGAUUUAGCAAUGACCGUUCUAAUAAGUCAUUUGCUAGAUCGGGUGCUCGCCGGAAGACCAGCGCCCCUUCGUGUUGGUCUUCAGGUGCAGCCACCGAAUUUCCAACAUGCAUUUACGAUUCCGCUUCGUCCACUGGACCAAAAUAAUCCUGCAGCCUUGGCCGCAGCGAUUGAACGACUGAACGAAAUCUCUGCCGCUGGCAUAGAUUUGUUAAGUGGGACAACUGUGACAAAAGUCGUGGGAGUUUGGCCAUUAAAUGCGCAAAGGACUAAUAAUCCUGAUGCCCGAUCUGGUAGGAAGUUGUGA